CGUCUCCACCAUAUCUCAAGCCACAGCAGGAGAAGCUCUCAAGACUCGACCGAGGAGUUCAGAAGAUGUCUUGCUGCGGCGGCAACUGCGGGUGUACCUCUGGCUGCAAGUGCGGCAGUGGAUGCGGAGGGUGCAGUAUGUACCCUGACUUGGGCGGAGAGCGUGGCACCACCACCGCAAGCAUCAUCAACCUUGGUGCCAUGACAGGGAGCGUUGAAGGGUUCGAGAUGGCAGCUGGGUCCGAAGGAGGAGGCUGCAACUGCAGCCAGUGCAAGUGCAGCGGCAAGUGCAGCUGUUCUUGCUGCGGCUGUAACUGAGAGACGUGGGAAGGAGACGCCAUGCCCUGCUUCGUAAGCGUCAUUUAGAAUCAAUCAUAUUUGGGAGAGGGCAUGGUGACAUAUCUAAAUAAGAGGACAAGCAGAGCCAUAUUGGAUCAUCAUGUAACGGUUGCUCUCCUCAAGUGACAUUUGAGUAUCGUAAUGAUCUUUUAUUACUA